UUUUCCCUCUGAUACUCCAUCAUUGCAGUGAAGGUUUUGAUUGAAGAUAUGCUCUGCCUUUCUGAAGAACAUGAGGUUGGAAGGUCCAUCCAGAAUAGCAGAGUCAUGUUGUGGCUGGUGAAAGGCAGAGUGGAGCAGCAAUCUGAAGAUGAUUAUUGCUCCCUGAAGUUCCAGGCCUUUAUGCAUUUUCUCGUGGUUGCAUAUCAUCAAUUUCACUGGAACAAAGCCCCAGAACUAUCCUUGUGUGUCCUUGGUGCUGUUCUUUUGGCCUGUGUGCAGGGAAUUGCAGUCAAUGUGGACCCAAUCUUUUAUGUAUGGCUUCUUCAGCUGCCUCAGAAAAUGAACGUGAAACAUAGAUCACAGCAAUCUGUGGGAGUUAUUCAGUCAGUCAUGCCAACAACAAGGAAGAAGGAGGAUGAGGUAUCUGUUGGCAGUACGCCAUUGGCAAUGCAGCAAUCAAAUCAGGCCUCUGAAUAUGCUAGCAGCCCUGUCAAAACGAAAACGGCGACAGAAUCUCGCCCGUUCUCUGUCCCAAUAAAAGUAAUGCAAAGCUCUGAGGAAUGGAGUAGCCCAGAGGAAAGAAUGAAAGAAUUCAUUGGAUUAGUAUGGGAUGGAGUGAAACGUCUAACGCUUCAGCUUGAGGUUCAGUCGUGUUGUGUAUUCUUUCCAAAUGAGAGUCUGCCAUCUCCAAGUACCAUAGUGGCAGGUGACAUCCCAGGGACGGUGAGGAAUUGGUACCAUACUGAAGUGAAUAUGCCUGGGACUUUGGUCAUCUGCUUACCUCAGAUAAAAGUGAUAAGUGCUGGCCACAAAUACAUGGAACCACUACAGGAGAUUCCUUUUGUCAUUUCACGGCCUAUUCUGGACGAAGGUGAUGCUUUCCCCUGGACCAUCAGUCUCAGCCAGUUUAGUGUGUAUACUCUACUUGGACAGCUGAAGGCAUGUAAUCUUUUGGAACCCUUGGGCUGUACUUCGACACUGGCCAUCACCUCACAUAAGCUGCAGAGCUCCAGCCCUGAAACCAGACAUUCGUUUGUUGUCUGUCUCCAUGUAGAUCUGGAGUCUCUGGAGAUGAAAUGCUCAAACCCUCAGGUUGGUGUUGGUACAGCUAAUUGA